AUGACAUUCGGAACUGUUUUUAUUUAUCUUAAAAUAACAAGUCGUGUUCAUGUACUGAAAAGAAUGCAAUAUUAUAUUGACCCCAAAGGUCUUGUUAAAACUGAAAAUUUUUUGAAUUUAGAGGCCGAUAAUAAUAUGCUCCUUGUU